AUGCCACCAAAGGCCAGAAAGACCGGGCCUGCUGAGGCCUCUGGCGCUGCUGAGACUGCUGCGAAGGCGAAGGUGCCCGCGAAGAGGAAACCCACUGCGAAAACCGCCCCAAGCAGUCAGAGCACUACUCAUGUCGAGCCUCCGACCACACAGCAUGAUCCCCAAGCUCCCCUACAGCCAGCCGAAGCUUCUCUCCCACCAGAAGAUACAACGCGGACAAAUGCGCGGCAAAAGAAGCCGCACGGCGGACGAAAUGAGGAUUUUGAGGCGCUCCUCGAGCCCUUCUACUAUGGCAAAUCCUUGACCGACCCGAUCAACACGGCGAAGGACAAGUGGAACCUCCUUCCGGCAUUCCUUAAAGUCAAAGGCCUUGUCAAGCAGCACAUUGAUUCGUUCAACUUCUUCGUCGAGACCGAGCUCAAGAACAUCGUGAAGGCGAACCAGACGGUGUACAGCGAUGUUGACGACAAGUUCUUCCUCAAAUAUCUUGAUAUCCGUGUCCUCGCACCGAACCGUCUGGACGAAGAUGACUUGUCCUAUAACAAGUCCGCCAUUACACCGAACGAAUGCCGCCUACGCGAUAUGACCUACGCCGCACCGAUCGUAGUCGACGUCGAAUACAGGCGCGGGAUGACCAAGAUAAGAAGACGCAACGUCCGGAUCGGUCGCAUGCCAAUCAUGCUACGGAGUUCAAAAUGUGUGCUAAGCGGGGUUUCCCCGGCAAACAUGAACACAUUGGGCGAAUGCAUGAUCGAUCCAGGAGGCUACUUCAUUGUCAGGGGUCAAGAGAAGGUCAUUCUGGUUCAAGAACAAUUGAGCAAGAACCGUGUCAUUGUCGAGUCAAUGAAAGGCAUCGUGCAGGCAUCGGUCACAAGCUCCACCCACGAGCGAAAAUCGAAGACCUACGUGCUGUUGAAGAAGGGGCGUCUAUACCUCAAGCACAACAUCCUACAAGAGGAUAUUCCGGUUGCUUUCAUCCUAAAGGCAAUGGGAGUCCAGUCGGACCAUGAGAUUCUCCUGCUCGUGGCCGGCGACGACAGUGUCUACCAGGAUGAGUUCGCCCUCAACUUCGAAGCCUGCGCUACGGAAGGCGUGCACACCCAGCAACAAGCACUGGAUUAUAUCGGCGCUCGAGUAAAGUUCAUGAAGAAGCCUGUUGGAGGCCCUAUGCGGCGUGAUAACCGCGCAGAUGCUAUCGAGGCACUCUCCACGCUCAUCAUCACUCACGUUCCGGUCCACGGUCUAAACUUCAGGCCCAAAGCCUUGUAUAUCGCAUUCAUGGUUCGCAGGGUACUAAUGGCCAUGCACGAUCCUAGCUUAGUCGACGACAGGGACUACGUGGGAAACAAACGGUUAGAGCUGGCUGGUCAGAUGUUGUCGCUACUCUUUGAGGACCAUUUCAAGCGCUUCAACCAUGACUUCAAACUGAACAUCGACAAAGUGCUCAAGAAACAGAACCGGACGCAAGAGUUUGACGCGUACUUCCACCUUCAAAGCCACGGCAAUCACAUUACCGCCGGCAUGGAGCGAGCAAUCGCCACAGGAAACUGGAGCUUGAAGCGCUUCAAGAUGGAACGUGCGGGCGUUACCCACGUACUCAGCCGGCUCAGCUACAUCAGCGCCCUUGGCAUGAUGACCCGUAUCAGCAGCCAGUUCGAGAAAACGCGCAAGGUAUCCGGUCCAAGAGCGUUGCAGCCAUCUCAGUUCGGAAUGCUCUGUCCGGCCGAUACACCAGAAGGCGAGGCUUGCGGUCUCGUCAAGAACUUGGCGCUCAUGACGCACAUCACCACCGACGACGACGAGGACCCCGUGAGAAAGAUGGUCUUCGUGCUUGGCGCUGAAGAUGUCACGACCGCUAGCGGAAUGGAGGUGUACGGCGACGGGGCUUACAUUAUCUUCAUCAACGGCACGCCUGUCGGUAUUACUCGCCAACCUAAGCAGUUCCUCAACGGCUUCCGCAAGUUUCGCCGAAUGGGAAGGGUCUCGGAAUUUGUCAGCAUCUACAUCAAUCACCAUCACAACGCUGUCCACAUCGCAACGGACGAAGGUCGCAUCUGCCGCCCGCUGAUUGUUGUGGAGCGUGGCAAGUCGAAGGUCACAGCCCGCUACCUCCAGUCGCUACGAAAGGGCACUAUGGACUUCGACGACUUCCUUUCGCGCGGCCUUGUCGAGUACCUUGAUGUGAACGAGGAGAACGACUCCAACAUUGCUAUCUACGAGCCCGACAUCAAUGCGUCAACCACCCAUCUCGAAAUCGAACCCUUCACUAUCCUCGGUGCCGUUGCAGGUCUCAUUCCCUACCCUCAUCACAACCAGUCACCCCGAAACACAUAUCAAUGCGCUAUGGGUAAACAAGCCAUCGGAGCCAUUGCGUACAACCAGUUCACCCGCAUCGACACCCUCCUCUACCUAAUGGUCUACCCACAAAAGCCAAUGGUCAAGACGCGCACAAUCGAGCUCAUCAAAUACGACAAGCUGCCCGCAGGCCAAAACGCCACCGUGGCCGUGAUGUCCUACAGCGGGUACGACAUAGAAGACGCGCUCGUCCUCAACAAAGCCUCCUGCGACCGCGGCUUUGGACGAUGCCAGGUCUUCAAAAAAGCCACCACAGCGCUCAAGAAGUACGCCAACGGCACGCAAGACAGCAUCGGGCUCAAAGACUACGACCCCAAGAACUCGCGGCACAAGAAGCUUGGCCGCGACGGCCUGGUCGAAGUUGGCUCCAAGCUCGAACAAGGCGACAUCUACAUCAUGAAGCAGUCCCCCAUGAACACCUCCGCCACGGGCGUGGGCGGCAGCACAGCCACCAACCCCAACGACCGCCGCGACGUCAACAUGAGCUACAAGCUCCCCGACCCCUCCUACGUCGACAAGAUCCUGAUCACUGGCAACGAAGCCGACACGACCAUGAUAAAAGUCCAAAUGCGGCAAACGCGCCGUCCAGAGCUCGGCGACAAGUUCAGCUCGCGCCACGGCCAAAAGGGCGUCGUGGGCAUCAUCGUCGAGCAAGCAGAUAUGCCCUUCAACGACCAAGGCAUCUGCCCAGACGUCAUCAUGAACCCGCACGGCUUUCCCUCGCGCAUGACGGUCGGCAAGAUGCUCGAGCUCGUGUCCGGAAAAGCGGGCGUGUUGGCUGGCGAGCUGCAGUAUGGCACCGCGUUUGGCGGGUCCAGGGUUGAGGAUAUGAGCGACAUUCUCCUGCGCCACGGGUUUAGCUAUGCGGGGAAGGACUACCUCACGAGUGGUAUUACGGGGGAGCCGCUCCCGGCUUAUGUCUUCUUCGGCCCGAUAUACUACCAGAAGCUCAAGCAUAUGGUCCAGGAUAAGAUGCAUUCGCGCGCCCGCGGGCCCCGUGCGAUUCUUACGCGCCAACCCACGGAGGGCAGGAGUCGCGAGGGCGGCCUCAGGCUGGGGGAGAUGGAGCGGGAUUGCCUCAUCGCGUACGGGGCGAGCCAGCUGUUGCUGGAGCGGCUGAUGAUCAGUAGCGAUGCGCAUGAGGUCGAUAUCUGUGAGCGCUGCGGCAUGAUGGGGUAUCAGGGCUGGUGCCAGACUUGUAAGACGAGCAGGGGGGUCGUCAAGAUGACGAUCCCGUAUGCGGCCAAGUUGCUCGUGCAGGAGAUGAUGAGUAUGAAUAUUAAGACGACGUUUAGGCUGGAGGAUGAGUUCCCGGCGUAG